UAAUAUUUUCAAUAUUAUCUUCAUGUAAAUCAAAUCAAAUACAAUACUCCGUCAAUUAUUUAACUUUCUUUAUAACAAUAUAUUAUAUUAUAUUCAAGUAAUCAAAUUCAAUACUCCAUCAAUUAUUUCACUUUCUUUAUGACUCACCCCCUUCGUCUCCACCUCCAUUUUUGUUCGUUUCAGUUUCACCAUCAAAGAUUCCAAAAAAAAACCCAAAUUUAUCAUCCAAUUUGCAUGCUUUAUUUGUUUAAAUUGAACCCUUUUCUUCCUGCAAUUUCUUUAUUGCUAAUUCAAGAUUCAAGAUUAAUUCGUUUUAGGGUUCGUUUUUUUUUUCUAAUUUUUAGUUAACAGGGAAGAAGAUGAGUGUUUCAAGAUCUCAAGUGUGGCAGCCCUGUAAGAAGAAAAGACUUUAAUCUUUUUUUUUUUUUUUUUUAAUUUUUGGUGAAGAGCUAGUUAAUAUUAGUAUACAGCAGUUUAGACUUUAGAGUUAGGGUAGAGUGGUAAAUAAUGGCAUCUUCAAGGCCUUCAAGAACAAGGGUGGGGAGGUAUGAAUUAGGAAGGACUCUUGGUGAAGGGACAUUUGCAAAGGUGAAGUUUGCUAGAAAUGUUGAGACAGGUGAGAAUGUUGCAAUCAAGAUUCUUGAUAAGGAGAAAGUGCUAAAGCAUAAGAUGAUCUCUCAGAUCAAACGUGAGAUAGCGACUAUGAAACUAAUCAGACACCCGAAUGUGAUUCGUAUGUUUGAGGUUAUGGCGAGCAAGACAAAAAUAUACAUUGUUUUGGAAUUUGUGACGGGUGGUGAAUUAUUCGACAAAAUUGCAGCGAAAGGCAGACUUAAAGAAGAUGAAGCAAGAAAAUAUUUUCAACAACUCAUAAAUGCAGUUGAUUACUGCCAUAGUCGCGGUGUUUACCAUAGAGAUCUCAAGCCUGAAAAUUUAUUGUUGGAUUCAAGUGGAUGUCUCAAAGUUUCCGAUUUUGGAUUGAGUGCACUGCCACAACAAGUUAGGGAAGAUGGCUUACUACACACAACAUGUGGCACACCAAAUUAUGUUGCACCCGAGGUAAUCAACAACAAGGGCUAUGAUGGAGCUAAGGCUGAUUUAUGGUCAUGUGGUGUAAUUCUUUUUGUUCUUAUGGCUGGGUACCUGCCUUUUGAAGAGUCAAACCUUAUGGCUCUUUACAAAAAGAUAUUUAAGGCCGAGUUCUCUUGUCCUCCGUGGUUCUCGUCAAAUGCAAAGAAACUAAUCAAAAGGAUUUUAGAUCCUAAUCCUGUGUCUCGGAUCACAACGGCUGAACUCAUUGAACAUGAAUGGUUUAAGAAAGGAUAUGUGCCUCCUAAAUUUGAACAAGAGGAUGUUAGUCUAGAUGAUGUGGAUGCUAUUUUCGAUGAAGCCGGGGAUUCUCCGGCCCUUGUUGUGGAAAGGCGCGAUGAACGACCUUCUCAACCUGUCACUAUGAAUGCGUUUGAGCUUAUUUCUAAAUCUCAAGGCCUUAACCUAAGUUCUCUUUUUGAAAAACAAAUGGGGCUUGUCAAGCGUGAAACAAGAUUUACAUCAAAACGUCCUGCCAAUGAGAUCAUUUCAAAAAUAGAAGAAGCUGCUACACCUUUGGGAUUUGAUGUGAAGAAAAACAAUUACAAGUUAAAACUCCAUGGCGAAAAGUCUGGGCGUAAGGGCCACUUGUCUGUUGCGACAGAGAUAUUUGAAGUGGCACCUUCUCUGCACAUGGUUGAGGUUCGCAAAGCUGGAGGGGAUACAUUGGAAUUUCACAAGUUCUACAAGAAUCUUUCAACUGGAUUGAAGGAUAUUGUGUGGAGAAGCGGAGACGAGGCAAAUGGGGAUUUGACUGCGGUUGCUGAAUUACCACAGUCGUAGUCAGAUUUCGGAUGGUUAGGGCCAAAUCAAAACGCUCGUCUUGCAGUACUAUUGUUUCUCGUCCGAAUUUCUUUGUACAAAAGGUUGAUCAUCCCCAGCUGUGGCUUUUCUUGUUUGAUUCAACAUAUAUAGUAUAUUAUACCGCCAUAAUUUUGAUUGUAAACUCAUUAAUAUAAUAUUUGCUAAAACUAUUAACUUAUUAUGUGUUGUUACUUUGAUACCUAGUAUUCAAUCAUUCUGUGUAGAUAGUUUGUUACA